AUGAAUAAUUGUUUUGUUUUUAUUUAUAAAUAUAGAUAUUUUCAUUAUGUUAAAAGGUUUAAAUGUUCAAUUAAUAAUUCUCUUAAUGAUAAAAAAUUAAAAUGGAGAACUACUACUGAAUCUUAUUGCGAAUAUAUAUUGAAUCCGGAAGAAGAAAAGGAUUUAAAAAAAAUUCAUUUACUUAUAAUUUCAAAUAAUAGUAUAAAUAUAGAUAAUAACAUAAUUUAUGAAAGUAUUAAAGAUUAUAAGAAAAAUAAUAUUUCUAUUUAUUAUAACAAUUUAAAUUCUAAUUUAAAUAAUCUCAAAAAAAACAACAGUAAUUUUAUAUCAUAUUAUUUGAACCCUUUAAAUUAUAUUAAAAAAAAAUGUAUGGAAAUACCUUUAAUAAAUUACUUUUAUAAUAAUAUUUUUUUAAAAUAUAGGAUAAAUGUUCAUAUAUUUAUUUCACCAAUAUACGAAAGAAUAAAUAAUGAAAAAUUAUUAUUAAAGUUUAAUUUAAAUAAAAAUGAUGUCCGUGAAAUUAUGUAUUUUUUAUGUAUACAUGUGUGGAUCUAUUCCGUUAAAUUAAAUAUGAUAAAUCAUAAUCAUUUAAAAGUUUUACUAUUCGAAAAAAUAUGGGAUUAUUAUAGAGCAUUAAUUAUGAAAUAUAAAAUUUCAGAAUUUUCUUUUAAUACCUAUUUAAUUAAUAUGCAAGAAUAUUCAUUAGGUUUUUGUGUUGGAUUAGAUGAGUGUAUGAGUAAAAAAUUAUAUGCAGGGCAAAUUUAUCACGUACUUUUUAAUCAUAUUUAUAAGGAAAAUGAAAACUUUAAAAAUUCAAAAGAAUUAAUAAACUUAACUAUUUAUUGCAUAAGAAUGUACCGUUUUAUUUGUCUUUUACCUGAAAAUAAUUUUUUACAGGCUAAAUUUACUUGGCCAGAUAUUGAAUAG